AACAUACCCUCCACUUCAGGGUUUUUUACAUUCUCUCCCUUUCUCUCCAUAGCUCUCUCUUUCUCUGUGUGUGUGUGUGUGUGGUAGUGACAACUUUCUUCUGCCCACCAUCUCUGAGCUCUGUAAUCAUGUCUUGUGGGAUGCCUGUUUUAGCUAUUGGGCUGCUUAUUCUCGCCAUGACUGGCCAUUCACGUGCAACAUGGUGUGUUUGCAAGAGCGGAUUGGGCGAUGCAGCUCUUCAGAAGACACUGGACUACGCUUGUGGAGCUGGGGCUGACUGUGUCCCUAUUCAUCAAAAUGGUGGCUGUUUCCUUCCCAACACUGUCGAGGCCCAUUGUUCCUAUGCUGCUAAUAGCUAUUUCCAAAGGAAGGGCCAAGCUCCAGGUUCCUGUGAUUUUUCUGGCACAGCAAUGGUCACUACUACCAACCCCAGCAUUUCAGGCUGCGUUUAUCCUUCUAGCGCUAGCCCUGUAAAUAGUGGGACUAUUCCAGUGUCUGGGACUCCAACCACCACCAACCCGGGCACUGGAUUUACUCCAACCACCACAACCAACACUCCAUUUGGUUCUACAACACCUACCGGCGGUGUCAUGGGCGGGAACGGCUUCGGCACCGGUAGCAACGGUCUAGGACCACCGGGCGUUGGCGGGAUGAACACCGACUACAGUGCCAGCGGAUCAAGGCUCCAACUUACUCUCAUUGCUAAUGUACUUGCUUUCUUGUUUGCAAUCAUGUUCUUUAAGCAUAUGGUUUGAUGGAGUUCUAUUUUUUUUUUUUUUCUUGUGGUGGUUUUGGUUGGUAAACGGGAUUAGUGUCAUGAUCAUGCUCGUUCAAGGUGUGUUGUCUACGAUUGCAUGUCCAUGACAACCCGUUUUGUAUGUCUACUUCAAAGUGUUCAUUUUCUUUCCUUGUACUUUUGUAAGUGUAUGACUACUCGUCGGUUUUGAUGCGCAAGCCUAUCAUAAACAGUUUAGUUCAUAAUGUAUACGACUAAUUGUCAAA